CAAUAGUACAACUGAUUGGAUAAAUCAAGAGCUGAGAUUCACUUUAUUGAAUCACUAGCCGUUAGACCACAAACUAAUUCAAAGUGACAGUCUCUCAUAAACCCUAAACUCGAGAGGCUUUGGCUCUUUAGUACUACCAUUUUGAUGAAUUGAAACAGAACAAUGGGAAGGCUUAGAACAAAGAGCGAUUACGAAGAUCUCAGAAAUGCUCGAAUUUUGGAGAAUAAGACUCGAUUGGCGUCUCUCGGAGUACACAAAUCCAUCUCGGACCUCCGAUCGGUCACUUCGACGGCAAAACCGGCGAAGACCCAUGCCAGGAAGUACCCUAAAGUCGACUAUGAACGCACUCCUUUGCGCCGUUCCAAUCGGUUGAUACAAAUAAUAAGCGCCCAUUCAGAACCUGAGCAGACCCCAUUGCGGCGCUCCACUCGGUUGAGAGAAAAUUCUGCCAAUUUGGUGAUAUCUUAUGCAGAGAACGAGGAGAGUUCGUUAAGUUUGUCUAGUGAAGGGGAAGACAAUAGGACUGCAAAUGCACCUUUAGUGGGACUCAGCAGUACAAAGUUGCAGCAACUUUUGCCGGAAGAUUCAGCCAAGAGUUGCACAAGCAAGGGAAUUUGCUGCCACUUCUGCCGAAAAAAGAAAUUGUGCGGCGAAGAAGAUUGCAAGCAAUGCAGUAAUCUGGAUAUGGAUCAACCAUGCAUGGGCAAGACGGAUUGUUCAGUAUGUCAUUCUAGCAAUGGUAUGUUUUGUCGAGCUUGUCUCGAGGUUAGGUCUGGUGAAGACAUCGAGGAGGUGAGAGGAAAUGCGCAAUGGGUGUGUCCUCAUUGCAUAGAAGAUAAAGGACUUAAUCCGAAUUGGAUAUGCAAUAGUUCAAUUUGCCUAAACAGAACGAUGAGAGCAAAGAGCGAUUACGAAGAGCUCAGAAAUGCUCGAAUUUUGGAGAACCAGGCUCGAUUGGCGUCUUUGGGAGUACACAAAGCCAUCGCGGACCUCCAAUCAGUCACUCCGACAGCAAAACCGGUGAAGACCCAUGUCAGAAAGCACUGUAAAGUUGACUAUAAACGCACUCCUUUGCGCCGUUCUGAUCGAUUGAUGCAAACAAGCGCCCAUUCUGACAAUUUGAUGAUAUCUUCAGCAAAAGAGAAUGAAGAGAGUUCGUUAACUUGGUCUAGUGAAUGGGAAGAAAAGAGGCCUGCAAAUGCACCUUUGGUGGAAGUCAGCGGUAAGAAGCUGCUGCAACUUUUGCCGGAAGAUUCAGCUAAGCGUUGCGCGAGCAAGGGCAGGGGCAGUGUCUAUGACCCUGUUUUCGGAAUUUGCUGCCACUUCUGCAGGCAAAAGAAAUUGUGUGGCGAAGAAGAUUGCAAGCGAUGCAGUAAUCUAGAUACUGAUCAACCAUGCAUGGGCAAGACAGAUUGUUCAGUAUGUCAUUCUAGCAAUGGUGUGCUUUGUCGAGCUUGUCUCAAGAUUAGGUAUGGCGAAGACAUUGAGGAGGUGAGAGGAAACUCGCAAUGGAUGUGUCCUCAUUGCAUAGAAGAAAAAGGACUGAAUCCGUAUUGGAUAUGCAAUAGUUCAUUUUGCCUAAAGAAGCGGAAGAUGGCUCCAACUGGGAUAGCUAUAUAUAAAGCUCGGGAGAUGGGAUUCAAAUCAGUGGCACAUCUACUAAUGGAUGAGCUUCAACAAGCAGAGAAGAAACGCAGACGAUGACGACGAUAUCCUGCAUAACAUCAAGAUGCAUUAGGAAAGCAACAUGAGCAGCAGCUAAAUGUAAUGGACUUCUAGCCCUGUUUAGAACUAACUUAAGUGAUGUAUUAUGAAAUUUAAAUUAAUGGAGCGAACUGAUGUAUUAUGAACAGAUUUUGGCAUUCCCUAUAACUGACUCCGAUGAGCUGAACUUGUCUUGGAGAUUAUGUAUGAAGUUCUUAGAUUACAGGCCAAAAUUUGUGCUCGAAAACCGUUGCACUUAAUGCGCAUCUGUUUUGAAAUACACUAAUGUAGCAUUUAAGAUAACAAACCACUCGUUGAAAA